UCAUGCAAAAAAACAAAAAAAGAAACAUACAGUUUUGCAGACCAGGGUUGAGUCGCUUGUUUGUUUGGGGGUUGUUUUGCUUUUAUCAGACAAACUUCCACUUUAAGAAGGCGCGCCUAGGCUGCGGUGUGUUUAUUACGAUCCUUAAAGUGGCACAUGGAAACCACGGCCGAUCUGCGCGUGGCAGGAUCCCGCACACACACAUACACACACACUGAGAGAGAGAGAACGGUGCGGCGAGACUGAGUCGUGGAGAGUGGUCCCGUAGCCUGUCUGUUUAGUCCGGAGAGUGGCGGCGGUGGUGGUGGUUCCGGUGUUUCUGCGGCAGCGGGAGCUCCCGGAGGCGCACGCUGAGCCCAGACACGGGGGGGGGAGUGGAGAUCCGCAGAUUCCCGCAGACGCGCCGUGGGCUCCGGGUUAGAGCAGGCAUGGAAUGAUCACCGGUCCGGGGGGCCGUGGAGGUGAAGAGCCCGAGUGACAUGGAGGCUUCUGCGGGGACGAGCUGCUGCGAGCCCACCUCGGACGAACGGGAGUGACCCUGGUCGUGAAAGUGGUUGGGAUGGCAGCAUCCAGUAACUCAAGCCUCUCAGGUUCAUCUGUGUCCUCUGACCCUGACGAUUAUCAGCCGCCCAUAUGGAAGUCCUACUUGUACCAGCUGCAGCAGGAAGCCCCACGACCAAAGAGGAUCACCUGUCCUCGAGAGAUGGAGAGCAGACCCAAAUACUAUGGGAGAGAAUUUCAUGGUUUGAUCUCUCGAGAUUACGCUGAUGAGCUCCUGGCAGGUGCAGAGGGCUCUUACCUCAUCAGAGAGAGCCAAAGACAGCCAGGGACACACACCUUGGCCUUAAGGUUUGGCCACCAAACCCUCAACUACAGAUUGUUUUAUGAUGGGAAGCACUUUGUGGGAGAGAAGAGGUUUGAAUCUGUCCACGACCUGGUGACGGAUGCCCUCAUCACUCUUUACAUCGAGACCAAGGCUGCAGAGUACAUUGCUAAAAUGACCACCAAUCCCAUAUAUGAGCAUCUCGGUUAUACGUCACUGCUCAAAGACAAAAUGGUGCACAGGCUGAGCCGUGGACGCACAGAGCCACGCAGGGUAACCUUCCAGAAGGAUGAAAGGAUCGCCUCUCCUCUGGUGCGACGGAGUGCCUUGAAAGACACACCUGAGAAGCAGUGUUCCUAUGAAAAGAUCCAUAACUUCAAGGUACACACCUUUCGAGGGCCACACUGGUGCGAAUACUGUGCCAAUUUUAUGUGGGGCCUCAUCGCUCAGGGUGUCCGCUGCUCAGACUGUGGCUUGAAUGUACACAAACAGUGCUCCAAACUGGUUCCCAGCGACUGCCAGCCGGACCUGCGCAGGAUAAAGAAAGUGUUCAGCUGUGACCUCACCACACUUGUGAAGGCCCACAAUGCCACACGACCGAUGGUGGUGGACAUGUGUAUUGGAGAGAUAGAACUAAGAGGUAUGAAAUCUGAAGGUCUCUACAGAGUGUCUGGCUUCUCGGAACACAUCGAGGAUGUGAGGCUCGCUUUCGACCGAGAUGGUGAGCGGGCUGACAUCAGUGCCACUGCCUAUGCAGACAUCAACAUAAUUGCUGGUGCUUUGAAGCUCUACCUGAGAGACCUCCCCAUUCCAGUCAUUACUUUCGACUUGUACUCCAAAUUUAUUCAAGCUGCAAAAAAUCCAAAUGCUGAAUACAGACUGGAGGCCAUCCAUGAAGGGUUGCUGCAGCUUCCCCCGGCACACUAUGAGACCUUACGUUACCUUAUGGCCCACCUCAAGAGGGUUACGAUGUUUGAAAAGGACAAUCUGAUGAACGCGGAGAACCUGGGGAUCGUCUUUGGUCCGACUCUUAUGCAGCCGCCAGAGCAGAACGCCUUGACCACCCUGAACGACAUGAGGCAGCAGAAACUUGUGGUGCAGCUCAUGAUUGAGCAUGAAGAUGUCUUAUUUUAAGGGCCGAGGCAUGCAGGCCUUGUAAGAGAAGUGACAGACUCUUAUUUAUUGCAUCGAAGAGGAAAUUCAAGCCACCUCGACUCGACAAUGAAGACUCUGAAAAUAUUGCAAACAAACUGAACUUGAAAAAUCUUUUUCUCGCAUGACGGUUUCAGUUUUAUGUUGGUUUGAUGUCGAUAGUGUCUUGUUACUGUAUGUUUUGGGUUUGGAUACUCAGCCAAGACCAUCAUUUUAUAUUAUGAAGGGGUCCUGUGUUUUUUUACUAUAUCCAGUGCUUUUCCCUGCUAUCGAUGGUGUAGACCCGGUCAGGGUGACAGUACUGUGGGAUAUCGGCCCUGGACAGAUCAGUUGGUGACGGCCUGGUCCUUCAUCAAGCAAGCCUCGCAGAUGGGUCAAGUAAAUGCUCCUUCUUGACAUGUGCAGGUUGUGGGAACGCUGGUUAAAAAUGAAAUGAUAAAAUGUGGGCCCUUUCAUCGCAGAUAAGAUCAGAUCAUGUAAUCAUGUAAUGAUCCCUACUUACUGUGCGUAUGCAAACAAUUAAGAAAUCAAGCAAUUGGGCACACGUGAAGCACUUUUUUUCAUCAAGUGUAAAGGUUUAUUUUGUAAAUAUGUAAGUUUUGUUUGGCUCCACAUUGUUUUGUCACAAGGGUGUUUGCCGAUAAGAAUAAUGUUUCCUGCCUGCAGUGCUUUGUGGGUAAAAAGAGGAGCCAGAAGGGCAGCAGGGUAUGGAUCUACCAUUUCCUCCAUAUUCAGCGUUAGGUGAGGAGCAUGUUGGUGGAUCAAACUCGGGUCAAUGAUUCAAAUCUUAUUGAGGGCUGCAACACAGGUCCCCGGUACUCCUGCUGGUUGGUGGAGCUGCAGGAUUUCAGUGUGCAUGCUGUAAUCUGGGUUCACUUUAGGUGACAAAGAAAAUAAUUGUUUCCUCGUCUCCGCCUCCUUUUUGAUAACAGUGACGUUGCUUUGUGCAGCAGGAUGUUCCAUCUACUUUACAAAUACCAUCACAGCCAUGUGACAAAAACUGUGCCAAGCAUGUCCCUCUCUCACUUCUUUUAAAUGUGACUAAUGACCCCUUUCUACAGAUCCAUUUUAUCAAAAUGUAUUUUUGUGACAGUUGCAAUUCAAAAUGUAAUUUAAGAAAUGAUGAUUUAUUAAAGGAUGUCAACCAUGACUUU